AUGUCAGGUUUCCAGAGAGAAAAUGACCCUGCCAAAUCUUUAUUCAGAAGACUUGAGUCUGCAGUCACUCCCAUCGUGUCCGGGGAGUACAGUCAGCACCGGGACCGAGCUGCCAUGGCCUCGCGGAUCUCGUUCACCCAGCUGCGGUUGGAAGCGGAUCUGGAUCGGUACCGGGCCGAGUGCCAGUGGGACAGGAUUCCCCCAAUCGUCGAACACAUGCAGGCAGCGCGCAUGCACGAAGAGGAUGACUAUGGGACAUUGCUGUUGGCAGAAGCACUGCUGGAAGAGUGCCUACAGGAAAACAUGGACUUGCUAAGGAGAUCCACACCUUUGAUUGACAAAAUGCAGCCAAGAUUAUGCCGGGCUAAAAACUACCUGAACCUCAUCUUGAGUCGAGGCCGUCUGACUCCCCGGUAUUUAAACGAGGCUCUGCUGUUAAUGGCCAAAGUGCACUAUGUGCAGGGUUGCCACCGCGACGCCCAGGGAAUGUGCGCAAGGGUGGGACUGGAAGAACUAACGCAGGACGAUCAACCAACCUACCACCUUCGCCUUCUAGCUGAGGCAUUUGUCAUUAAAGGUCUGUCUCUGGACCACCAGGCUCUUUCUACAGUGUCUCGGAUCCGUCUGUUGGAGAGGGAGGAGGAGAGUCUUUCAUGUUACCUUAAGGCCUGUGAUGCGGCCCUGUCGUACCUGCAGGAGCUCGAUAAGACAGUUUUAACACCCCACACUAAGACAGCCAAACCCAGUCUGUUUUCUUCAUCUGUGGACUUCGACCUGGGUUUCUUCCUUCAGGCAGCCCUACAGAGUGCCUACCUGUGUUUACUGCAGAGAGGUAAUCUAGCGCAAGGUGCUCACCAACUACGUCGUGUCAUGAGGGUGGUAGAGUCACGAGGGUCUCAGGGUUUCAGGAAGGCUGCAGCAAGGAAGCUCGCACAGGUAUUGCUAAGCUCAGUGACAGAGGACAGCUACUGGCCUCCUCUGGGACCCCCACCCUCGGCCUGGCUCCGAAGAGAGGGUGCCGCAACCUCCAAAGAUGCACUCUACCCUACUGUCAAACCACCGCAACGUUACACGACUGAAAGUUGCUUCUGUCCCCAGGACGUGGUAGAAGAGGCUGUGUUGCUGCUUCUAAUUACAGAGUCCAUGGCUAGUGGUGACGCCGUCAUCAGUCGCCUGCCAGAUCAGGCCGAGGCUCGACAGGCGACCCUUCAGGAUUCGGUCUCUGUCUAUGACAUGCUCGCCAUCGGCAUGGUUAGGAGGGGGCAGUACACCAUGUUGUCUGAGUGUCUGGAACGAGCAAUGAAGUUUUCUUUUAACGAGUUCCACCUCUGGUACCAGUUGGGCCUGUCACUAAUGGCGUCUGGGAAGACGGUUGGUGCUGUGUCUGUGUUUAAAGAAUGUGCCAGGAUGAGACCAGAUGACCCUUUGUUGCCCCUGUUGGCUGCUAAAAUCUGCAUUGGUCAGCUGCACUGGUUCUCAGAAGCUGAGUCUCUGUCCCAAAGUGUGGUGUCGAUGGGAGAGGGUGCUGGGGAAUCUCUUCCUAGGGCCUACCUGGCUUUGGGACUUUCCUAUAGUCUGCAGGCCUCUGAUGCCUCUUUGAAAGAAGAUCGAAAUGAAUACAACAAAAAAGCACUAAGGAUUCUGAAAAAGGCUCAUUCAUUAGACCCACAGGAUGCUCACAUUGCCAUGUGCUUGGCUCUGCAGUUGGCUCUUGUGCGGCAGGUAUCUGCAGCUAUGGAGCCCUUGCAGGUAGCUUUAUCUCUCCAAGGGGAUGACUUGCACUCUCUCCACUUGCUGACCCUUCUCCUCAGUGCUCAGAAACACCACCGCCAUGCCCUGGACACCUUGGGACUGGCCCUCAGCCAACACCCUGACAACUUCAAUUUGCUGUUCACGAAGGUUAAGCUGGAAGAAGUCCUGCAUGGGCCAGCUGUGGCCUUAAAGACCUGCCAGGAAAUGCUACAAAUCUGGCAAAGUCGCUAUGAUGUCAGCCGCUCGAAUGAGACAGAUGAUAGUAGCAGUAUACCAGUAGCGGAGAAGUUGGAUGCCAGCCCUGGAGUUAGUAAAACAUCCAUCCACCUCACUCUGCCUGACUUCCAAGAUACCUCUACUGGCUCAAAGAGUCCCUCAUCGCUUGCAGCUUCUCGUCUCGAGGCGGCACUUUCAGAAGUGUCUGAAAUAAGCUCCACGCAUCGUCAAGGACCCACGUACAUCUGGACUACCUUAGAACGUAUUUGGCUGCAAGCAGGAGAACUGUUCAUGGAAGAUGGGCGACUAAAAGAAGCUCAGUUUUGCUUGGCCGAAGCCAGCUCACUCUUCCCCAACUCCCACUCGGUGUUGCUGCAGAGGGGCCGUCUAGCUGAGCUCCGGGGUCAAAUGGAGGAGGCUAAAAGUCUCUAUGAUGAAGCCUUGGCCAUCCACCCGACUGGGGAGAACGUAUUGGUGCAGAUGGGUGGGCUGCUGGUCAAAACAGGGCGCGCGAGCCUUGGAGAGAAAGUCCUCCGCGAUGCAGUUCAGGUCCAUAGCACGUCACACAAAGCAUGGAGUGGACUGGGGCAGGCGCUGCAGUCUUUGGGAUCUUGCCAAGCCCCGGACUGCUUCCUCACAGCUCUGGAGCUCGAAGCUUCUUGUCCAGUUCGACCUUUCACUAUCAUCCCCAGGGAACUCUGA